AUGCCACCUCCAUACCGUCAACCCUCCCAAGUAGGCGCCACAGCAGCGACAAAACGCCCCUUUAAACCUCCAGCUAUCGCGAAAGGUGGCGCAACCUCUUCCUCCAGCGGCAACGCCCCUCCUAGACCCGCUCCCACAGCACAAAAACCCAAAACAUCAAUCUCCAGAACCGUGUCUGGCACAAGACCACAAGCAUGGAACACAAACCACACUUCAGGCUUCCAAUCCGCCAGCGCCCAGUUCGACAAGGAUGAUCUUGAAGCCCUGAUGAUCUCCGACGAAGACGAAGACAAUGAUGACUUUUCUGCCGCGCCCACCAGACGUCCUGCUCCACCCACCACCCUCGAACCAGCCGCCAAACGCCAAAAGACAAUGCCACAACUACCCACACGCCUGCCUUCUCUAUCGCCAUUAUCUUCGGCCGUCCAACCUGAGCCUGUGCCCGCUGCACCCACACACUCCGCUGCCGCAACAAUAGGCAGCAANAAAGAUGAUAUACCACUGCUUCCGUCGGCGCUUCUAACGCGUCUACUGCACGAAAGCUUCGAAGACAAGAGCACGAAGAUAGGCAGAGAUGCCAAUGCAUUGACGGCAAGAUAUCUGGAUUUGUUUGUCAGAGAGGCGGUAGCUAGAGCUACUGAAGUCGCGAAAGAAAGAAGAGAGAUGAGGGAGGCUGGGGGUCAAAAGGUGGAUGAUGGGCUUUGGUUGGAUGUACAGGAUCUCGAAGAAGUCGCGCCAGGGCUGGUUUUAGACUUCUAA